AUGACGAAGCGAUGCCAGGAGGCCCAGCUCAGGAUGGCAGCCCCGGCCGGGCUCCUCCUGGCCACACUGUCCUUCCUUCGCUUCACGGGGACGCACGGCUACGAUCCGGAGACCUGUGGGAAGCGUCCCCUGGCGCCCUCGUAUGCGGGCAGCAUGCGGAUCGUGGGCGGCGUGGACGCGGUGCCCGGAGAGUGGCCCUGGCUGGUGAGCAUCCAGAUCCCCUCCAAGGAGGGGACGCGGCACUCCUGCGGAGGGUCCCUCCUGGCCAACAGCUGGGUCCUCACCGCCGCCCAUUGCUUCAAGACCAAGAGGAGGUCCUUGGGUCAGUGGCGGAUUGUGUUGGGCAGCACGGACCUUGCAGAGAUACUGGACACUGCGGAGCUGCGCUCGGUGAAGAAGGUCAUCCUUCACCGGGAUUACAAUCCACGCAACGAGGCCAACGAUGUGGCGCUCAUGGAGCUGGACACCCCUGUUGCCUUCAGCGACUACGUGCAGCCGGCCUGCCUGCCCCGCAUCACAGAUGAGAAGACCACCUACGCCAGCUGCUUCAUCAGCGGAUGGGGAACCACCUCCCAGAAUAGUGUGAAGACGUCAGAUGUCCUGCAGGAGGCCAAGGUGAACAUUCUGGAUGUCCAGAAGUGCAACAGCAGCGAGUGGUACAGCGGGGCCAUGAGUCCGCACACGCUGUGCGCAGGGUACGAGGAAGGCGGCAUCGACAGCUGCCAGGGAGACAGCGGGGGGCCCUUGAUGUGCAAGACGUCGGCGGAGUCGCUGUACUACGUGGUGGGCAUCACCAGCUGGGGCAAAGGCUGUGCCCAGCCCAACCGGCCCGGCGUCUACACCUCCACCAAGGACUACAUUGAGUGGAUCGUAGGCACGAUGUUGGAGGAGGAAGGGGGCCAGACCCAGGAAACCACAACGACACCUUCGGCCAGCACCCCUCUGGGUGGCAUCACACUCCUUCCUUCGAGCAGCGCUGCCACAGAGGACAUCUCUUCCACCUCAGAGCUGCCUUCAGAUGAACCCACCAGCUCAGAAUGGGCCACCAUGGCCCCCACAGAAAGGCCUGAGACCAUAGUAGAAGUGAGCAACAUCCCUCUCCCCAUGGAGACGUCUUCAGCGCUUUCCAACACCACACCGACCUCUUCGUCUACAAUGACCUCGACAGUGCGUACCACCCCAAGGCCACAAACCGUCGGGAACACCACCUUGGAAGACACGGAGCCGACUAUCAUCAUAGAGCCCCCCUUCAUUCCUCCCACAUAUGCGGCCCCGUUGCUAGAAGCCCCCUACCUCCCAUUGGAGCGGACGAUCACCUUGGAGCCCCCGUUCUUCCCCCAGGAAAUGGCUCCCACUGCAAUUGACCCGCCCUACAUCCCGAAGGAGGUCCCUCCCACCCCUCUUGAGUUACCCUUCCUCCCCCAUGAGGUCACCGUCACCCUUGAGUCCCCCUAUAUCCCCUCCGAGGAGCCCUACACUACACCUGAGCCCCCUUUUAUCCCUUCAUUACCCACCUACAUCACUCCAAGGCCGGAGUCUUCGGAGUCGCGGCCUUCUCUGCCGCCUCCCUACCUCCGCAUAGAACGGCCCCCUUACACCCUGGAACCCCCUUACAUUCCCCAGGAGGUGAUGCCCACUCCACCGCUGCGCACUCUGCCUACGACCAUCACCACCACCACCACCACCACUCAGAGGACACGUCACGAGACCUUGGAGCCCCCCUACAUGCCCCCGGAUACAGCCCCCACCAUACAACCCCCCUACAUCCCACCUGAGAACCCUGUCACCAUAGAGCCCCCUUUCAUCCCCUCGGAGACCACCAUUUCCCUGGAGCCCCCCUUCACCCCCUCGGAUACGCCGAUCACCUUAGAGGCCCCUUUCACUCCUCGUGAGCGCAGGAAGUACACCAUAGAGCCGCCAUUCACUCCCUUCGAAGUCGGUUACAGAUCCCCAGAGCCCCCCUACAUCCCCCCGGAGACAUCUACUAUACUGGAGCGCCCCUAUACACCCCCGGAAUCACGCUUCAAAUCCCCAGAGCCGCCCUACAUCCCCACGGAGUCCACAACCUCCGUGGAGGUUCCCUACAGGCCUCCAGAGCCUGGCUACACUCCCCCGGAGUCUCCCUAUGUCCCCAUAGAGAAGCCUAUCACCCUGGAGCGGCCCUAUACCCCUCCAGAACUCGGGUACACCUUUCCGGAGCCUCCAUACAUUGCUGGUCUCGAGCCAGAACACCCUCCAGGCAGGGAUAUAGAGCCUCCUUACAUCCCUCCAGAGAUUGGGGACUCGUCGGAGCCCCUCAAUAAAUACUCAAAGUACCCCUACCCUCCACCGGAGCCUCCGUACAUCCCCCCAGAAAGAGAAGAGCUGGAGCCAAACCUUUUGGGGCCACCCCUCCGUUACCGGAAGAGGCAGCGCACCUUGGAGUUCCCCUUCUUCCACCUGAAGACUGGGGCUCCGCUGCAGCAUCCAAUGGAGAGGCUUCGCCGGAAGGACAAGGAGAAAUACAACAUGUUACCCUACAAAUUUCCGGCACCCAUCGCCCUCCCAAAGUCUGCCAAGCACUACAUUCCCCGAAAGUCUCCUGUUAAAUUCUGGCCACGUUCCAAAUAGGAGAGUCUACUAGAUGGCUUGCCCAUGGACCUUCCUAGGUUGGCUCUCCUAGAUGUCUUUGGAUGGUAUGUUCCUCAAAAGCCCACAUAGAUGUCAGUGCCAUCUCUCUCCCAAAUCCCCAAAUUUUCAGAGACUCGGCAACAAAGCCAAGAAUGUCCAACGGAAGUGGUGAGGAGACCUGAUUUCUGGUCCAUGGCAGAUGAAAGACAUCUUCCGGACUGACCAGAAGGACUUCUUGGUGAGAACAAAGGGACCGAGAUGUUCCACUCUGCCUUCCACAGCUGUGUCACUUGCAGGCAUGGGACAAUGGGACAUAGAGUGAACUAUCCCUGUCUGCGUGGUUUCAUGGUUGGCCCUGGACCUUCCCAAUGGGUCAUUCAGAGCAGAAGGUGAGGAGAUAUCGGGAGAAGACCCACCUGAAUGGGAAUCUAUGCAGAGUAUCAUCAUUCUUCCACUUGGGUCUCGGCUGCAUUAA